UUCGAGCGCUAGCAUGCACGGUAGCACUAGCACCAACCGAACAAUUGCUCAGUCUCUCCUUCUUUAAAUGGUCCAUCAGUUCCAUUUCGUUGCCGCGAACUGAAGGAGAGCUAGCAUGUAUCCCGCGCCCAGACCCGCGCCGCGACGGGCACACGCGAGCCAGCAGCAGCAAGGCCAGCACCGUGCGAGAUAGGGAGGGUGGGAAGGAAGGAGAUGGGUUGCUAUCCCCUGCGCGUGAUCGUCUCCAAAGCGCUUGGGAAAUGCAACGGGCGCGAACGAUGGAUGGAGGACCAGAGGAUGGACUACGCCAUGGCAUACCCUCCCGGCCCACACCCAGAGACGCUCUACAUGCGGCCCGUGGCGCGCACCGUCACCUUCAGCGGCACCAACUCCGUGCACAUGAUCCCGCCAAACCCGCCACCACAGCAGCAGCAACACCCAGAGCCCCAAGCGCCACCGCCCCAGCACGAGCCCCAGCCGCAGCCCGAGCAGCCCGCUCCCGCGCCGGAGCAAGGCGCGCCGCCGCCCGAGCAGCAGCCGAGGCAGCCGAAGCGAGGCAAGAAGAAGCCGCCGCGCCGCGUCCGGUUCGGUCCCGAGCCACCGCCACCGCAGCAGCAGCAAGAAGAACACCAGGAGCAACAGCAGCAGCAGCCGGAGCACGCGCCGAGCAGCAACCCGGGCAACGGCGCGCCGGGCCACCACGGCCAGCAGGGCCGCGGGCCGCCGGGGUACCUGAGGUACACGCCGUCGCCGCUGCCGAGGUGGGAGGCGACGCCGAGGCGGCACGAGUACUUCUCCGGGGAGUACCGGUACAGCUACCCGACGCCGGUGCGCGAGGGCAUCUACAGCAUGGCCACCGACGCCAACCGCCUCACCACCAUCUUCAGCGAGGAGAACCCCAACGCCUGCGCCAUCGUCUGACUCUGACCCUGAGCGCUUGAAGUCGGCCGGCCGGCCGGCGAGGAAUGAGGUUCUCCAUCGCGCCGUAUUUCCAUUAGCUCUUUGCACCGCCUGAUUGGAGGGAGGAGAAUCCGGUUCCCUUCUCGUAGGCGUAUGUUGUGCAGGCGAAAGAAAGGGGGAAUAGUUGGGUGGUAUGACACGAUGAGAUGAACAUUCGCGUUGUCUGGAUUCGGUUCGUAGGAUAUUACUUCCAUGAUGCUCUUUUCGCGCGCUUCUCUUGGAAAGCUAAGAAGAGAUUUGUCAAUGACUGUUGGCCACCAAAGACAGAUUAAUUAAGCAUAAUGUGUCUAA